GUAAAGCAGAAGGUGAACAAAUGACCUUCAAACUGCACCAGUCUCCCUGGAUAAGGGGGCGGGGAGAGAAGUAAUUGGGAAUGAAUGAGGUCAGAGUAGCUUCCCCCCAACAGAAGAGAGUUCUCCAUUCUCCCUUCUUUCAGGAUCAUGGGUACAUUUUUCUCCUUGACUCCCUGAGCUAGAUCAGUUGGAAAUAGCAAAGCUAAGUUACUGGCAUCCUCAGUUCUUUUCAUGAAGUGACUGGAUAGCGUUUGGGCUCUCUUCUGAAGGGAGAGAAAGAGAGUAACAGAGAGAGACAGAAAGACAAAGAGAGAAGAAGGCAGACAAGUGUGCAUGAGAGGGAAAGACAAACCCAGAAGGGUGCAGAAAGCAGUAGAGGAAGAAGAAGAAAGAAGGAACUCACUCUGGAAAGGGAGUUUCCCUGCUCCUCACCCCACUGUGAGGACUGGCGAGGAUGAACUGAAAUUAGGAAGGAGGCACUGGCCCUAAGCUACAUGAGACAGCAGAGUCAGCUGUUUUUUUCUUCAUGGGGAUCGGUAGCCCGCUCGUGACCGUCUCUGCUCUGGCAAGUCUCUCUUGGUUUCCCCAGGUGAGAUGUGAAGAGGCCUGUGUGAAUGCUGAACACUGCUCAAGCACUGAUUGGGUCCGUCUCUGGUACAUCUGGCUGGUGGUGGCGAUUGGCGGGCUGCUGCUUCUGUGUGGCCUGGUGUCAGCCUGCAUGAGAUGCUGCUGCCGGCAGGCAGGGGAGGAGUCGGGUUCCCACCCCUAUGAGGUCACAGUCAUUGCCUUUGAUCAUGACAACACUCUCCAGAGCACUAUCACUUCUCUGCAUUCUGUGUUUGGUCCUGCUGCCAGGAGGAUACUGGCUGUGGCACAUUCCCACAAUGCUGUGCUAGGAGCACCACCCCCUUGCGGAUCGGAGACCCCUCCAGUCUAUGAGGAGGCCCUACAUAUGAGCAGGUUCACGGUAGCCCAGACCGGACAGAGAGUCCCAGACCUGGCCCCAGUGCUAGAGGAAAAGCAACAGGCAUCAGCUGUGAAAGAUGAUUCACAACAAGACCUCCCCUGAUGUGAAUGCACCCAAUUUCUUUCUUUUUUUUUUUCAUUUGGCCAACAAUGCAGAGUACUAAUAUUCAAGGGGAGGAUCCAAAAUCUGUUCUAGGUGGGCUCAGGAAUACAGUUCAGGUUAUUCUCCUCUUUAAUCUAAUGUCCUGACCAAAGAGAGUAACUCAAUUUCCUAAUACUUUAUGACUCAUAAUAUUUUCAUGGAUCUCUCUUGAUACCUCACUGGGAUCUUUUAUUGUUAAUUAGUUAUUAUUAUUUAUUACUUUCAUUACACACAUCAAUAAGAUGCCCAUCACCGUAGUCUCUAGCACCAUAGUUAGUGCCUUGCAUCAUGGCAGCAGGGUUAUUCUGUUGACCCACUCUGCUGGCAGUUGUUGGUGUCCUGCAGGAAGAUGCUGACUGAUUCCUGAUGGCUCAUUGUGGCAGGUGUGGCUCAGUCACUCCAACUGGGCUGUAAGGGAAGUGGGAAUGGUUAUUUUGUUAGAGGGAGACAGGCAUAGGACACAGAGAUCUGAUGGAAGAACACUAGGAACAGCCAAGAUUAGGGAAAGAGCUUGAGGUGGAAUUUGUGUUUUAUUAUUAUUAAUUACCUUAUUAAUAAAGACACACCCCAAGAAAAGGGUGAGUUUAACCUUAUACAGUGUUUAUAUUUUGGAGCAGGGUGGUAACACCACCUGCUUAUAUACGGUACAUAACUGUGAUCAUAUAACACUGUAGAUACAUGCAGUGCUUUAUAGACCAUAUUGAAAAACAAGAGGCCCAGUCCUGAAGAGCUUAUAUUUGAACUCAAAAAAAUGUGUUAUGUGGGAUAACAGAUCAGAGAUGGGAAGGGGCAGAAACACAGCUGGUAAAAUAAACUCAAUUAAUAUUUAUCUGUGUAUUAUUACUAGGCUUGGAAGGAUUAGAUUUUUUAUCAGCAAAUGUCGGUUAACAUCAAUUUCAACAUACACUCACAAAUGGACAAAAAAUAUUUCCAUUGAUAAUAAUCAAAAUUUACAGAUAUGUAAAGUAAGAAAAAUGCUGCAUGAGAACUUAUUAGAGUUUGAUUCAAGAAUAUUUGUGUGCUCUCAUGUCAUAUUGACAAUUUGUGGUCAUAAAACUUUAACUGUUUUUUCAAUGUCUGUCAAUAAAAAAUUGUCUGACCUCCCUC